CAAUGCCUCCCUAACAGCACGUGCUUCAGGGAGGGGCUGGACCAGGGCAGGGGGCCCUCUAUGUGUCUGAGGAAAAGACACCAUCUCUGCUAGACUGAUGGUCUAAUUUGGAUUUAAUCCCAUGUAUGCUUCCCUUUCUAACUCAACAGAAAGCAGGCCUGAGUUGCUACAGCUUCCCAGACCGAUGCUCAAUACCUCCUGUUCCUCUAGGAGGCCAGGCUCUUGGAAUGUUUACUCUUUUUUAAAUUAUUGUUCCUGUUGCUUCUUUACUGGAUGUGACUCAUCCCAAAUGAUAAAUGGCAACUUCAUAUUACAACUUCACGUGAAAGGCCUAAGCGGUAGUUUUGGAGUUUUGGGUACCUGACCAGUCCACAAAAGUUUUCAAACGCACGACAGAAUUUUGUCUUGAUUCCCAAGAAAACACUGGGCAGCUGUGUCUGAAGAAUAUUUGGAGGUUGUCCGAACCUGAGAGCAGGAGCAAGCCACCGCUGAAAGGGCCUGGAAAGAUGCCUAUGACGGACCAAGAGAGAGCUCAGAGCGCUAGCAAGCAUGGGCACAAAAACAUUUUAGGGAGUACUUUUUUUUUUUUUUUUUUAGAAAGGAAAGAUCAGAAGCCUUUUGGGGUAAGGAAUCAGAGGGAGACGCACGCCUUUUCUGUUCCCUGGGUUUUGAGAGUCUAGUCCUGGCCGCCAAGCUCUCUGCGGAGGCAGAGGCUGUGACCCGGAAUAGCUGCUGCGGGAGAAGGGGGGGUGUGGUCAUCAGUCCUUGGGCGUGGCCUGAGGAGCUUGGUAGCUGUCCAGCAGAGGGGUGGAGCCAAGCGCCUACUGCGUAGAAAAGCCUCCGACGCUGAGUAACCGUUGUAGCAGGUUCUGGAGGACAGCGUGGUGGCAGAUUUGGUGGACAGGCACAAUGAGAGUUCCAAGGCGACUCCUCUUACUGCUGCUGCUUCUGGCUGUCCUCUGUUCCACAGGUGUUAGCCUCAGGUGCUACAACUGUUUGGACCCCGUUUCCUCAUGCAAAACGAAUACGACUUGUACACCGAACCUGGAUGCCUGCCUCAUCGCUGUGUCCGGAAGGCAAGUCUAUCAACAGUGUUGGAAAUUUUCGGAUUGCAAUUCCAUGACCAUUUUGAACCGGUUAGAACUGGCAACUGUACAGUACAGAUGCUGCCAGGUGGACAUGUGUAACAAAAACCUCAAAGAAGAAAGUGAUGGCCAGAAAGGGAAUAACGGGUCAAAAGAUGAGGCGACCUCCUUGUCGGGGAAGACUGCGCUGCUGGGGACCUCAGUGCUGGCAGCCAUCUGGAAGCUGUGUUUCUAGGUCGUCCUGGAGCUCCGGAGCACCUCUGCUCUUACCUUUUUUGCUGCAGCUGCUGCUGCUGCUGCAGCAGCACUCCAAAGCUAUUAUUUUCCAUUAUAUCCUUCUGGGAAAGAAUAAAGUUUAUCUGAACAUUGUGGACAAGAGGAAGGGAUCUAAGCAGUGUGGAGGACCGCCCUGCACACAGGGAAGGCCCACUUGAAGUUUAAGGGUGAAGUUCGUGGAUCCAACUCCAAUAGGUUUUUUGAAUCUUCCUUUGCCCUUGGGAGCACUGGCUUUCUGUUUCAGCUUAAGUGGGCUUUUGGCAACCCUCAGGGAUGUCUCUCUGGUUCCUAGAGUGUAGCUGAGAGGUUCGGUCAGUACCUUUAGGAGUGAGUGAACCAGGGGGAUUCUUUUCAUCAUUUUGUCACACUCAUAAAAUGCUUUCAUAGCCUUUGCAAAUCAAAAACAAACAAAAAAAAAAACAAAACAAAAAAACUUGUGAGUAUUCCAGAUGUGAACUGUCAGGAGCAGUGAUGUUGUUGGGUUUUUUUUUGUUUUUUUAAUUUUAUUAUAAUGCUGGGAAUGAAACCCAGAUCCUUGAGCAUACAGGCAAAUGCUGUACCCUUAAGGCAUACUCCCAGCUCAAGCCUAGUAUCUCAGCACUCAUGAGGCCUAGGCAGGAGAAUGGCCAUAAGUUCAAGGCCAGCUUGACCACAAAGUGAGUUCCAGGUCACCCAGAACUAUAGUAAGACUUUGCCUCCAAAAAGAAAAAGAAAGAAAAAGAAAAAUCAAAACAAUAACAAAAAAAAGAAAGAAGGAAACACAAAAAGUCCAUCUAUUUUUUAAUAGAAGUACCAGUGACUACAAUUUGACUUUUCCCGCAUCUCUAAAUUUCAAUUUCCUGCAUCUCUAAAUUUUGCAUAGGCUUUCCCAGCUUUUUUUAGAAAAAUGUAAUUGCCUACAAUAAUGUUGUAUUUAAGCUAUUCCCUCUCAUUUCUUAGAAAAGCAGAUUAUCUUGACUUUGCUCCACAUAAUGAAGUAAUAAACAGCCUGUGCUAUAUGACA